UUGAUGAUAAAGGAAACAUUUAAAAAGUUUACAAGUUAAUAUUAAAAAAAAUUCUGGAUACAUGUAUAAUUUGUUUGAUUAGAAAACAAAGUAUAUGACGAAAGAUAACCAUGGAUUAUAACUAUUGGAUGGAUGUUGCAUUAGAAAAAGCAGUUGCCUCAUUAAAAUUAGGAGAAGUUCCUGUGGGUUGUUUAUUCGUAUUUAAUGAUGAAAUAAUUGCAACAGGUAAUAAUACCGUGAAUGAGACCAGAAAUGCUACUCGUCAUGCCGAAAUAAACUGCAUCGAUGAUGUUCUGAAAUACUGUAAUGCUAACAAAUUAUGCUAUAAAGAAGUUUUCAAAAACAUUCACGUUAUCGUUACGGUGGAACCAUGCAUAAUGUGUGCAGCUGCUCUUCAUCAGUUAAAGGUGUACACUGUUGUUUAUGGCUGUACAAAUGAUCGCUUUGGAGGGUGCUCUGGUGUUUUUGAUGUUUCAAAAAUGUAUGAUUCGGAAAUUAAAAUAAUAAGCCAUGUAAAAUCAGAAAAAGCAAUGCAGUUACUAAAGGAAUUUUAUAAAGGGACAAAUCCUAAUGCUCCAGAAUUUAAGUUAAAAAAGACACGCAAGAAAAUGGAGGAUCCAUGUUCAAGUAAUUUCUGAGGACCUUUAUUCAUUAUUUGACUUCAGGUUA